GGCGUGUCUUAAGAUGUCAAACUAACCGAAGAAAACAAAAACAAACCGAGGGGCUCCGGGACGGGAUGGAGGUGUGUGAUCCCACACGUUGCUGAAAUCAACUUUCUCUGGUCUCUGCGACAUCAGAGCGGUGGAACCAUGGACUCCUCUGAUGAAGAGGAGGUGCGCACCUUUGUCCAGGUCAUCAGCGAGAAGUACAACCCUGAGAACUUCCCGUACGGCCAGGGGGUCGUGGUUCUGCCGGGCCCUCCAGGGUCCCCCGUCAAAGACCGCCUGUUCCUGCCCAGCGCUCUGGUUCUGAACGACUGCGGCAUCAGUAAAGCUGGGGACCGGUCCAACAUCGCGGCGUUCUGCGGUCACGUGCUGGAGCUGGACCUGUCCCACAAUCAGCUCAGCGACUGGGGAGAGAUUGGCACCAUCGUCUCCAACGUCCCUCGCCUGAACUUCCUCAACCUGAGCAUGAACCCUCUGAGCGGCGUGCAGCUGCAGCCCAGCAUGGCCGACGUCUUCUCCAGGGUCCGACGGCUCGUGCUCAUCAACACGCAGAUCAGCUGGGACACCGUGCACACACUCACGCAGCACACACCACAGCUGAAGGAGCUUUUCCUCUGCCUGAACGGCUACGACACCGUGUCAGAGUCCCAGGCGUCCUGUCCAUCUCUGAACCUGCUGCAGAUCACCGACAACCGGCUGCAGGACUGGGCCGAAGUCCGGAAGUUUGGGCGGCUCUACCCCAGCCUGAGCACGCUGGUCCUGGCCAAAAACAGCGUGAACUCCGUGGAGGACACCAAGGAAACGCUGGAGCGUCUGUUCCCCAACCUGCGCAGCAUCAACCUCAACAACUCAGGUCUUAGUAAAUGGGAAGACAUUAAAAGACUGAAUUUCUUUCCUAAACUGGAGGAAGUCAAAGCUCGGGGGAUUCCUUUAUUACAGCCUUACAGCAGCCAGGAGAGACGGAGCCUUCUUCUAGCGCAGCUGCCGUCCGUGAUGUUUCUGAACGGCAGUGCUGUUUCCGAUGGGGAGAGAGAAGACGCUGAGAGGUUCUUCAUCAGGUAUUACCAAGACUGUCCGGAGCAGGAACUUUCUGAGAGGUACCACGUUCUUGUGUCCAAGUAUGGUCAGCUGGCUCCACUGGCAGAGGUGGACCUGACUCCCCGCAGCACCGUGGUGGACGUCCGCUGGGGUGACCAGGUGCAGCCCGUCAGCCUCCGCCUGGAGCAGACGGUGGGCGACCUGAAGAAACAGCUACGAGCCCUGCUGCAGCUGCCCACCAACGGCGUCCGGCUGUUCCACAUCGACAGAGAGAUGUGCUCGGUGCUCGGACCCGAGGAGCUGAAGUGUGGCUUCAGGGCGCUCCACUCCUACAGGAUCCGAGACGGAGACGAGAUCCUGGUGGUGCCCAGAGUCAAGAACCGCUGCAGCUCCUCGGACCUCUGAGUAAGGAGCCUCUUUAGUUCUGGAUUCGUGAGAAAAUGUUUAUAAAAUGAACGCGUACUGGAAGUUUGACUUGAGUAUUUGUACACGAAAAACACGUGUUUCAAUCUUGAAUGUAAAAAGUUUUCUGUCCGGUGUAAAAUGUUUUUUAAUAUGUGCAAUACUGCAUUUGCACAGUAAUGCUACGUGAGACUAAACGACACGUCUUCAAAUAAGUCCGUUGUAAAAUAAAUAGUCAUUUUGCUAAAGACUGCAGAUGUGUUUGGCCACGAAGGCUUUAAUGGUGCCAAAGAGAAGCCAAACCUCGGAAAAAAAAAACAACUUUUAGCUCUCUGUACAAAUGUAAGGACAUAAAGUUUUAUUUGUCUGAAAUUAUACAUUUUCAUUUAAAGAACACAAUUUGGACACAAAAAAGGGAUUAUUUUUUAUGUUUUAUGUAAACGAAUCAAUUCAGGUCUUUGAGGUUGUUCCCCUUCUCCUAAAUUAAUUAAUUAAUUCUAAAGAACCACACGGGUAUCCUCAACGUUGCAUAUAUAUAUCAACACGAAUCAAAUAAAACGUUAUCUUAAUUAAUUUAUCUCACAUUGAAGGAAAAAGGUGCCAAAUCAUUAAAUUAAGUUUCGUUCACGUUCGGAUUAUAACCUGAGUUUAGGCGGCGCAUUUCUGCGCAUCACCGAAACUAAACCGUCCGUUUACAUCUCGUUAUUAAAAUUAAAUGUUAAACAAGUCGAUGUUCUUUCUGUCUAGUUUAAGAAAAUAGUUGCCAUAAUUCCCAAAGACGCACUAAUUGAUCAGAUUGUAAAACUAGAAUCACUUGAAAAAUGAAUAAAAACAUUUUAAUAGGAAUGUAUAUUACCUGCCCCACUG